GGGAGCGCGCAGUGGGGUCUAGUGUACAAGUGGUAUGUGCUGCUCUGCUUCAGUGACCCGCUGUUUGAAUGUGAUGAGGUGUUGUCUGCACUCAUCCUGUGAACCGUAACGAAGAACGGGUUUUUUAUUUUCUACCUUUGAGCGUUUUUUGACCUCAGCUUGCGGGAUAUUUUAACGGACAGACUCGCUUUCUAUUGUCCCCUCGUUUUGACUGUAUGAGCAGCUCGUGAAGGACUGACAGGCGGCUUUUUGUGUGUGGCAUGUGCUAGAGACAAGAGACUGAGGCGUGUUCACGUUUCACGGAUGUUACCGGGAAAAGAAGAGAGGGAAGAAGGGGCUUUCUUUCAUUUCACGUUGCCCGUGGAUGUGAGCUUAUCUCGGCUGGGGUUCAGCAGGACAUGACGGAGGAGCGGUGGAUUUUAUUGGGCUCUUUUGCUAGCUGUUGAAUGGCAAGAUGCACAAUGACUGUUGAGCUUCUUUAGUUUUAUUCGGAUGCUGUUAUGCGAAAGUCCUUUUUUUUUCUUCAAACGUGCAGACGCAUUUCAUUUUUGUGGAGUGAGAGCUAACGUUGUUUAAACACAGCACAGGGAGGAUCAAUUCAGGCGCGGCCAGGCAAACCAACAAUGCGGAUUACCUCUUGACUGUUUGCCUUUGUGUCAAUACAGACUUUGUGUAUAAAGUUUGAGAUAACGCUCAGAGGACGAACAACCUGUCCUGUUAACAGUCAUUUCAUUUCAUUGUCUUGGAAAGGAGACAAUACGCUGACGUGAAGUCUAAAUCCCACAUGUGCACAGGUUGUCUGUGAAAUUGCAAACUGGCUGACAACAGAGCAACAGGGACAACGAUGGCGAACGACUCCAUACAAAGUGACCAAGAUGGCCUGUCGGUCCUGGAGCAGCUCGGCCUCGACCAGAACUCAGAUUUCUCCGAUUCCAGUGUGCAGCAGCUCCUGGACGAGCAGCGCGAAAGGAUCCGCAGAGAGAUUCGUAAGGAGCUGAAAAUCAAGGAGGGAGCUGAGAACCUACGGAGGGCCACGACUGACAAGAGGAACGCACAGCAGGUGGACAGCCAGUUACGUUCUUCUAACCGCAAGCUGGACAACCUUCAUGCUCAGCUGCAAGAACUGGAUGCUCACAUUGUGGUGAAGGGAGGAGAAGAAAAUAAAGAUGAGUGUCCUCAGUCUCCCGGGGCGGAGAGUCGCACGUCAGCCCACAAGGAGCGCAUCGCUGCCCUGGAGAGACAGCUCAACAUCGAGCUCAAAGUCAAACAGGGAGUUGAAAACAUGAUCCCCAUCUACGCUAAUGGAUCCACCAAGGAUAAGAAGAUGCUGCAGACGGCCCAGCAGAUGCAGCAGGACAGUAAGACCAAAAUCGACAUCAUCCGCAUGCAAAUCCGCAAAGCUGUGCAGGCCACGGAGCACAAUGAUGACUCACAGGGUAACCAGGACCUCUGUGGGAUGGAGCUGCGUAUCGAAGAGCUGAGGCAUCACUACAGGGUGGAGCACGCUGUCGCUGAGGGGGCUAAAAAUGUGCUCAGGCUCCUCGGGGCCAGCAAGGUCCAGGACAAGAAAGCCCUGUCUGAGGCACAGUCUCGUCUGAGCGAGGCGUCUCAGCGGUUAGACCUGCUGAGGGACUCUUUGGACCAGCGUCUGGCAGAGCUGCCGGAGGACCAUCCCAAAGCCAGUAUCAUCAAAGAGGAGCUGGUCCUGGCCUCCUCCCCUGUCUUCAGCUCUCGCCACGGCGCCCCCUACCUCCACAACCAGUACAGCACCCUCAACAAGCCCUCUCCUCUCACUGGUACCUUACAGGUGCAGCUGCUGGGCUGUGUGGGCUUGUUGGAAGUUGUCCCGGGUCGCAAUAAAGGAACAGCUGUCAUGCUGCCUUGCUACAGCCCCGGAGACACCCGGUCCUUCAUGAGAGGCAGCAAGGGACUCUAUGGACGCAGCGGCUCAGUCAGCGGGAAGACACCCAGCAAGACGGACGAGCUCUCCUCUGAGGUGAGUGCAGUGCUGAAGCUGGACAACAGUGUGGUGGGACAGACACCUUGGAGGACUGUUGGAGAACAGGCCUGGGACCAGACCUUCACUGUGGAGCUGGAACGGUCGAGGGAGAUGGAGAUUGCGGUCUACUGGAAGGACUACCGCUCCCUGUGUGCUCUGAAAUACCUGAAGCUGGAGGAGUUCCUGGACAACCAGAAACACAGAGUGCAGCUGGAGCUGGAGCCUCAGGGCCUGCUGCUGGCCGAGGUGACCUUCUUUAACCCGGUCAUUGAAAGAGUUCCUCGUCUCCAGAGACAGAAAAAGGUCUUUUCUAAGCAGCAAGGCAAGGCGUUCCUCCGGGCUCGUCAGAUGAACGUGGACAUCGGGACUUGGGUCAGGCUGCUUCGAAACGCCAUCCCCACCGUCAACAACUCAGGAACCUACAGUCCCAACGCGCACAGCCUCACGCUCAACUCUGGGGAGGUCUCAGUGGAGAAGUUGAGCUUGGACAGCGAUUCUCCGAUAAGAGGCGAUUACAAGAGAGACAUGGACGCACACACCCCGGACCGACUGCCAGUCAUCGAGCCCUUCUCCCCCCCUGACCUCACCCCCGAGUGCCCUGUCCGAACCCCUUCUGUUGGCAGUCGGCAGAGGAAAGGUCCUCUGUCUCUGCAGGACUUCAGGCUGAUAGCUGUGUUGGGCAGAGGACACUUUGGGAAGGUGUUGUUGUCAGAAUACAAGAAGACAGGCACGAUGUUCGCCAUCAAAGCGCUGAAAAAAGGAGAUAUCGUAGCUCGGGAUGAGGUGGAAAGUCUAAUGUGCGAGAAGCGCAUCUUUGAGAUCGUUAACCUGUCGCACCAUCCGUUCCUCGUCAACCUGUUUGCGUGCUUCCAGACUCCAGAGCACGUGUGUUUUGUGAUGGAGUACACAGCAGGAGGCGACCUGAUGAUGCACAUCCACACAGACGUCUUCACAGAGCCGCGAGCCGUGUUUUAUGCGGCUUGUGUAGUUCUUGGACUUCAGUUCCUCCAUGACCAUAAGAUUGUGUACAGAGACCUCAAGCUUGACAACCUGCUGCUAGACACAGAUGGUUAUGUGAAGAUCGCUGACUUUGGACUGUGUAAAGAAGGAAUGGGCUUCGGGGACCGGACCAGCACAUUCUGCGGGACUCCAGAGUUUUUGGCUCCAGAGGUCCUAACAGAUACAUCCUACACCAGAGCUGUAGACUGGUGGGGACUGGGGGUCCUCAUCUAUGAAAUGUUGGUGGGAGAGUCUCCAUUCCCAGGAGAUGAUGAAGAGGAGGUGUUUGACAGCAUUGUGAAUGAUGAAGUACGCUAUCCGCGCUUCCUGUCCACUGAGGCGAUCGGCAUCAUGAGAAGGCUGUUGAGGAGGAACCCAGAGAGAAGACUGGGCUCUGGUGAAAAGGAUGCAGAGGAGGUGAAGAAGCAGCCAUUUUUCAGAAAUGUGGACUGGGAGGCGCUGCUGCAGAGGAAGGUGCCCCCUCCCUUCGUCCCCUCCAUCGUUGGCAAGGAGGACGUCAGCAACUUUGACGAGGAGUUCACCACCGAAGCUCCGACGCUCACGCCACCACGAGAGCCUCGCGUGCUCUCCCGCAAAGACCAGGAGAGCUUCCGGGACUUUGACUACGUCUCUGACCUCUGCUAGUGGGCAGAGGGCUCACGGACCACGAGGAAUGUUUGAUUUUGAAGGCUCAACGGCGGUUUUUCAACUGACUGUCCGCUGACUGUUUGUCUGCCGUUAAUUACACUGUGAAUGGAUGCAGAGAGACCGGAGGCAGUCGGUCUGUGUUUUGUGUGUCUGCAGGGUUUUAAAGACGGAAGACUGAAAAAAUAAAAAGCCAGAGCGGAUAGCUGACGGGGCAAAAUGUUGGACAAACAAAGCCCCCCCUCCCCUCUCCAAUCAUUGUACACCACACCAGUGACUUGUGUAUCUUUACAAACAUUAGCCUUUAAAAUGCCUCCUCCAUCCUCUUAUGUGUCAGUGUAGUCACCUGUGCAGCUGUGAGAGGAGGAGCUGUUGACUGUUUGGGGGGCUGUUUGAUGUCCUCUCAUACCAAUGCCUUACAUUUGUACUUGUAUUUGAUCCACAGAAAAGCGUUUUGUUUUUAUUUUGUGGCUCUUCGUACACAGCAGCAGUAAAGUAAGAGUGACCCGAUGUGCUGCAAAAACACUCUCAACGUUAAAAAAAAGAAGAAAAAAAGGAGGAUUUGGUGGAAAUAGUGACGUCGCGUUCAGAGUGAAUUUCCCAGCAGUUGUAUGAUGAUGAUCAGUCAUGCUGAUGAAUUUUGAGUUGACUAUGGGGUAAAGAACCACUUUCUUACUUUUUCUUGGACUCAACUACUUUUUAAAAAUUUGUGCAGCUUGGAUUUUAAAUUCUGCCACAAACGUUACAACAGCAAUUUGGAAAGUACAGUAGUCAUUUAUUUCAUGACUCCUCGAUGCAUUAUUCAAUAUGCACCACCCCAUACUUUAUAAUUGGAUAUUAUACAUAGUUUGUGUGAAACUGAUGCAGAAUCACAACCAUCAGCAUAAAAGCUACAUGCGAGCAGGUUACAGUAAAGAGAGGCAAAGCCCCUCCACUUCUGGUGGAACACCAUGACACCUGACCUUGGAAAUAAUAUGUAUGGUAGUUUAUGGGGAGAUCCAAACAAUGUUUUGAUCCCAUUGUGCCAUGAAUUACAAAUAUGCUGUUAGUCAAUCUAAGUGAUUUUGCAAGUCAAGAAAGUCACAGUUUGUUGUUUAACUGUUGAAGUAUAAGUCUAAAAAUGUGUACUUAGAAACAACACACACUUUAAAGUUGCGUAAGUGACGUCCUAACUCGCACUGAAGCUAAGUGUUCAUACUGGGAUUAACUCACACAAGCAAUGGUUGUUGCUCGUUCUUUCGCUUUCUGUCUGAUAAAAAAAGACCAGGAGUUGCUGCAUAAAACACAUCAGAUGAGAUGACGUAUUACAUUCGAGCAUGAAUCAUCGCUAAAUUACCUAGCUGGCUAUCUCAAGUCUUAGCGUGACGUAUAUUGUGGGAGACAAGAGAUGUAGUUACCGCAGCAAUGUCACAUAAAAAUAAAUUUGCGUUAAAAAUCCGUUUACUUUUAGUAUGUACUUUAGAGGCCCUUACUGUUACAAUAAGGAUGUACUACUUCAUCAUAGCAUUGCGCCUUGAACUUUGAUCAUGCUAGCUUGCCUACUAGAAAUUGCAACUGGAUGUAGUUAAACGCACAGUAAAUAUAUAAAACAAACUGCAACCUUAAAUAAAUUCCCAUUUAAAUUAACAAACAUCGUGUGUAAAUCAUGGCACAAAUCAAACAGAUUAAAAAAGUUAUUUGUCAGUUGGCAUUGAUUACCGUCCAUAUUUUUUUCAAAAAUAAGGUCCCACGGGGUCCACCAAACGGGGAGGGACUUAGCCUCUCUUAAUUUUUUUUUAAUAAUUUAAAAAUACAGAUCUGAACACUAAGACUUGAUGUACAACAAUCAUUUUGGUGUCAGUCCAUCAUGGGUUUAAGACACAUUCAUCCAGUUAUCUACAUGCUACCAGAGGUUUGUGAACAUGAAGUAAGUAAUUUCCCUCCAAGAAAAUUUUAUCUGACUUUUAACUCAACAAACUCUAACUGUUGUUCAAGUGUCUGUUUCAAGAACUUAAGCCACCAGCAGCUUUCAGAGCUGUCCGUUAUUGUCGUUGCAGGGUUUGGUUUCCAUCAUAGUGAUGAAAUCAUCUUUGUUUUAACCGAAACGGAUUGGUAUAUCUUAUUGAUUUUUGGAAAAUUUGGGUGGUACCACAAGCAAAACAAACCUCAUUAAAGCUCGCUGCAGUGAGUGCUGCCUGCCUUAGAUCCCAGCGAACAAGUUCUCCUGGCAAUACAUUUCUAAAUAUCAUUUAAAACACAAAUGAUAAACGUUGGAAAAUAUGAGCCAGUGGUAUAAACUUCUGUAACGCUUUACCAUUUCUGAGUUUGUUGUGAAUCUGUAUGUAUGAUGGUGUGGAUUUUACUUAUCUUGUGUAUGAAAAUACAAAACCAUGUGAGAGUAUGAGAUGACUUAUUUUAUAAAGAAAACCUGGAGUGAA